CCGACAACACUUCAUUGUUACAACUGGAGUGAGCGAGGAAGAGCAGUUGGGAAAGCAAGAAAAAGCCAAAACUUUUUUUGCAUUAUUUUUAACAAGAGAUUGUCAAACGACAAGAAUCCCAAGCCGAAGUAGAUCUGUAAACACAGCUGCUGCGCUGAGUAGGACUGAAAUCAAACGGCUAAAGCAAACAUUUUCCUUUGUUUGUGACUGAUUUUAUUUUCUUUUUGCGUUGAACGUAUUCAUUCGCGUGAAAGAAUGCAGAAGCUGGUGGUGUUGUUUGGUCUCGUUUAUUUGAUCUCUGUUAUAACGGCAGAAUCGGUGAGAGCAACAGAGAUCCUGCAUCCAUCAGAAAUGGAUUUGGAUAUGGCAUCAGGGUUACCUGAUGAUGAUGAAGACAGGUUUCCUGAAAGCUCAGAAGAAGAAGAGGAGGAAGAUUACUCAGGCUCUGGAGAUGAUUAUGAUGACAGUGAACAACGAUUCGAGGAGGGAAAAGAUGUGCAAGAACCCACAUCCACAAAGGUACCUGAAAUGGACAACAGAAUCCCAGAUGAUAAUACCAUAAGAGUGGACUCCUUUGAUGACAGUGGUGUAGAAGGUAACGAGAUUCCAAUUAAAAAAUCUUCAGCUUCAGAAAAUGAAUCAAAUCAGAUCCCCAUGGCAAGCAAAGCCAAUGAAAGCAUUUUUGAAAGAACAGAAGUUCUUGCAGCCCUGAUUGUAGGAGGAGCAGUGGGCCUUCUGUUUGCUGUUCUUCUUAUCCUGCUGUUAGUCUACCGCAUGAAGAAAAAGGAUGAAGGCACCUACGACCUUGGCAAGAAGCCAAUCUACAAGAAGGCACCCACAAAUGAGUUUUAUGCGUAAAUAAUUCCCAAGUGUCUGACUGCUACAAACUGACAUUUCUGCAGCAGCAUUUGUUAAAAAGAGACUUGUAAUACAAAUGUGCUGCUCAUAUGCCAUCUGCUUGGUUUCUGCACAUGUUUUCCCCUAACCAUAUUUAACUGGUGAAAAAUAAAGAGAGGAACAGUUGUGCUGUUCGUACAAGUCUUGGUGGAUGCCAUUGAAAAUGAAACAUGUCUUGGAAGUGGCAUCAGAAAUACUGAAAAUAUUCAGAGUGCUCUUCCAUUAAAUUAAGUCCAGUUUGAUGGCAUAUAUUUAUUUUUCUGCUUCUGUUUCAGAACAGUAUUUUUAAUACUCACUGGUUUCCAGUAUAAGCUUUUGUGAAUGAAGCUGCUUUUAAUGCAGUUUAUAAAACACAUGCUACUGAGAUAAAUUUACAAUCCACAUCAUUUUUUGGUAUGAUGCAGUAAAGAUUACAAGGAGAUGAAGCAAAUUGAAACGUAGAUCUGAUGACUGCAUUUUAUAUGUUAUAUAAUGUACACUAUAAUUCUGUAAUGCGUAUAUUACAUGUAAACACAUAAUGAGAAGAAAAAGAGCCCGUUUUUGUAUAGGGUCUCUUAUUAACCUGUUAGCCAAAGAAACUUUGGUUUGCAGAUUAAAACAGUCCAAGAAGUGAUGCGUUCUUCACAAACAGGCAAUGUUUGGUAUCAAAUCAAAUAAUAUAUAUGCAUGUAUGUUUUUGUGUGUGUGUGUGUAUAAUACACACACACACACACACACACACAUAUAUAUAUAUAUAUAUAUAUAUAUAUAUAUAUAUAUAUAUAUAUGACAGAUUUCUUUCAUAUGGAAAUAUUUUUGUAGUAUUCACAUCAACAUGAGAUGUUCCUUAUGAACGUCAAAUGUUAUAUAGUCCACAAAAGGGUAAAGGGAGUUCUAACCCUACAGAGACUUUUUAAAUGUCAUGCAGAUCUGCUUAUGUUCUACAGUACCCCAAUGUACAGUUUCUAGAUGUUUAAGUACUUUAAAUAUAGUAUUAUCCAUGCAGGUACACAAAAAACAAAUUUAUGUUUGUGUAAUGUUUAAACGUUUGUAGAAAUUAGUUUUAAUAAUAAAGUGCUACAUUUUAAUAAUUUAACUUUGCUAAAAUUAUUUUGAUUGUCUUUCAUUUGUUAGCCACCUUUCUGUACUGGGUAUUUACUUCUUAGAUGUAUAUUGUGCUAUAAAAAAAUCAUACCCUGAAACAUAAAUCAAAUUAUUUUAUAAAACUUUUUUAGGUUGAAAUGGUUUUGUAUUAAAUGUCAAUUUCUGUUUAGCAGUUACUGUACGACAUAUCUAUAUAAAGUAUGUAUUUAUAUUUUGUAGAAAGAAAGAUGAGACAAGGGCCUUGCUUUGCAUUUUAAUUUAUAGUCUGACACAUGGCUGCUUUUCACAGAUGUGCUUUUUGAGGAACAAGUUUUGUAAGGUGAAUAAGACGAUAACACUAACUAAUGCCGUGUGUAAGAUAUCUCAUUCACGCUUUUGUAAUAAAAAACUGCUUACAGUUUCAGUCUCUAAAUUAGAAUUUUUGAAGUUGCUUUUCUUAAGUCAUAUCUCUAGUAAUUGAAAACUGAAUUAUGAGCUUAGUGCAUUUUAUAGUGAACCUGUUUGGUCUGCAUUCAGAAGAGGAUUUAUAAAGGAGUAACAUGUUCUUUAUAUUUUGAGAACUUUGGUGCUGACAUCUCCUUAGCAUGUCGCCACCUAGGUUAAACAAAACAUGUUUACUUGGCCACCUCUUCCACAACACUACCUUUCUAAUGUUGUUGUAUAAACUGAGCUGUAUUCAUGAAUGAACAAGAGUAAUGGAAGUGCUAAAACUGACAGGAAGUGGCAGUCUGUUUUAGGGGUACAUGGCUUUGCAGUGCUUUUACAAAUGUUGCACUUCAUAAAAGCAUUAAGUUGUAAAUCUUCAGAAACAUCUGUAGGAAAACAUAACUUUGUGAUAGGGUAGGGGGUUUCAUACAGGCCAGUGCCUACCAGAAUUUGUACAGUUUUAAAUACAUGCAGAAUUUUAAUGAAAGUCUUUGGUGUAUGUUGGCACUUUGUAGAAAGUUGCUACACUGUAUGCAUAGGUUACUUGACAGAUGUGAAAACAAGUACUUUUAAUGAAUAAUGCUGCCCUCAUUAAGGGUUGGAUCGUUGCACAAAUCUUUUUUUUUUUUCUUAAGAGCAGGUUACCCAUUUGUCUUGUAUCUUAAUGGGACACAAAACUGAAGACUUGUACGUAGUUUAAGGUUUACUGUGUAUGGUACAUUAAUUCCCUUAUAUGAAUAGUUAGGUUGAUAUUUUAAAUGUGUGCAUACAAUUUCUGAAAUUUCCUGCAUAGAUUUGAACUGUUGAACAUGUAGUCUGCUUCUUUGACUGUCCCUGAUACAGAAAUGUAUUCCGACAGUGUAUAAAAUAUUUCUGUUGCGUUUGUCUUAGAAAGCAUUGGACCAAACAGAAUUUGCCUUCUUCUCUGUCUUCCAGAUUUUACUAUAGCCGUUGAUAACAUCGGCCUCUGAAACAAAACUUAAGACUGUGAUGGUAACUUUAAAGAACUGUUUAAACAAGUUUUGUUCUUAGCAAGUAUGUUUUGACAUAGCUAGUGUACAGUAAAUACAUUUUAUAAAGUGCAGGAAAAAAAUAUUUUGUUACAGUUGGCCUUUGUUUGCCAAAUUUGGUAUGUUAAGCUAGUAUAGUGAUACCUCACAUUACUCAUUAACCAACAUUUUCCUGUAGUCAAGACCGUGAAAUACACACCUUUGCAGGUGUCUUAAUUGCAUACAGGUCUACAGUUCAACAAUAGAAUAUGAUUAUUUGUAUUUAUUAUGAAUGAAUAAUUGCACACUUGAGAAAGUCGUGAAUAAAAUGCUGUCUGCCAAGUGCCUUAAAUGGCUUUUAAGUUCUCCAGCAGUUACAGAGUCAAGGAGUGCCUUGUCAGAAUUUUUAAACAUAUUUUAAUCUGAACAUUAAUAUGCAGGGUGUUGUGUAACUGUGACCCAUACAGUUGCUACAGUGUGUUCAUAUAUUAACAUCUCACCAAGCAAAUGUUCAGAUUUUUCUGGACAAGUUUAUGGUAUGUGCUAAUUUAAUACCUUGAAAAAAAAUUCAGUUAUCCAAGCUUUUAUAGUCAGGGAGGGGGACCAGUUCCUUAAAAAAUAAGGUGCUGUAUAUUUUUAUGUUCUUGUGGAAAUAGUGCCAAAGUUGUUUAUAUAGUGUCUUGUUUUCCGACGACUAUUUACAAGUCUGCCUUUGUAAGAGGCACAAACACAUACUUGCUGGUUAUGCCAUUAUACAUGUAGAACAUAAUGUUUUAGAUUUGUCUUGUCAUUUUCAGUCCUUUGGACUUGAAUCUAAAGUCUGAUUUUAAACUAAUGUGCCUCAGUAGUGUCACCUAAGGGGAUCAUACUUUCUUAAAGCCCCAUUAGUCCCCUUCAUAUGUCUCUAAAAAGAAUGAAUAUUGCUGCUUUUUUAUUAAUGUAUUCAGGAAUUUUUCUUUCCGUUUCUUAAGAGAACUAUGAAAAGUUUUAUUUUGGUAUCAUACUCAGAAAUGUUCUGAUUUGGUUAAUUGUAUGUAUAUACUGCUCUUAUGCCUUUUUUCCAUUGCAUUUGGAAGUGGAAGAAAAGAUUUCACUUUCUGUUGAGGUGUCUGAACAAAAGAUUUUUUCUGUAUAUAUUAUUAUUAUUUUUACUUGCUAUUACAGAGUUUAUUGCAAUAAACUGCUACUCAUCGUAA